AUGAGGCUGGCCCUCGCUGUCAUGGCGUCCCUGCUGCCGCUGGUCGCGGCGCAGGCGGCGCCCCCGGCCGCUAAUGCUCCUCCGGCAAACACACCGAACACAACACCGGCAGUCACUCCCACGGCCGCAGUUGGUGGCGGCGCCCCCGUCAUGUCCGGGGCCAAGCAGGCGGCUGCCUCUCCGGCUACUCCCGCCAAGGCUGCCGAGACGCCGAACGCUGCCGCAGCUGACCCGAAGCCUAACACUUCCAACCCGCCAGCAGCAGCGCCGACCCCGACCCCGACCGAGCCGACGUUCCAGUUCGACAUGAACCCGUCGUCCGUGUACACUGCGUGCCAGACACAGCCCAUCGUCUGGCACUACCACCCGAACCCCGAGAAGAAGAACAUUACGCUGUACGUCUACAACGAGGAGGCCGUUAAUGCCGACCCCGAGUUUGCACCCGAGGCGACGGCGGGCACACUCGCCCGGCCAAACGGCAAUGCGCGCCGGAGUGCGCCGCUCGAGGAGAUUGUCAAGCGGCAGUCGGGUACGCGCAUCUCGCAGCGCAUUGUUAAGGACUGGCCUGCGAACGUUGCAUACAAGUGGGUCGUCGACGUGCCCCCGGGACAGUACAAGUUCCUCGCGAUCGUCGACGGCGCAGGCGGCGAUAUCAGCUACCCCCUCAACAUCGUUGCCGACGCCAACAUGACGUGUGUCAAGGACUUCAGCAACAUCAUCGGGACCGGAGCGUCCUCGUCAGCUAUUUCGUCCAACUCUGCCGCCACGUCCUCGGGUACCAAGGAGAAGCAGCCUAGCGCGUCGCCGUCUUCGGCCGGUGCCUCUUCGUCGAGCAAGGCUGCCGGUGCGGCGGCCAGUGCGGGCGCGCAGUCCGACUCGGACACGAUCCGCGGAGGCACUGAUAGAUCAGGUAGUGCUUCUCGGGCUGCCCGCGGCCGCUGCAGCGUCGUAUGCUGCUCCGACGCUUGA